AUGGAUUCAGGAACUGAGAGUAUUUCAUCAAUGGAUGAUAGACACUCAUAUGGUUUGAAAGAGGCCGACCAAAAUAGAAAAUUAUACAAUGACUCAGAUGAUAAGAAUGAUUCAGUCACCCAUAGUAAAGCAGACUUGCAUGGAACGCUAUCGCAUACUAGAACUAGAGAAUUGUCUUGUAGUUCGGAUCUCGAAUCACAACAGAGCCAUGAUAUAAAUAGCGAAAAUUCAAACAAAGUACCACAUUCUUUAUUCACUUAUAAUCAAAAAUGGAUGAUGGUUGGAGUCUUAACUAUGUGCGGGUUUUGGUCAUCCUUGGGUUCACCAAUUUAUUAUCCAGCCUUAAAGCAACUAGAGAAACAAUUCGAUGUCGAUGAAAAUAUGGUUAACGUAACCGUUGUCGUCUACUUAAUUUUUCAAGGUCUAUCCCCAACUUUCUGCGGUGGGCUUGCAGAUCUUUUUGGUCGUCGUCCAGUUAUCUUAACUGGUAUGCUAAUCUAUACUGUAGCAUCAAUCGGUCUAGCUUGCUCAAAUUCGUAUGGUGUCAUAGUUUUUUUAAGAUGUCUUCAAAGUGCGGGUAUUUCACCAACUAUUUCUAUUAGUUCAGGUGCAGUUGGUGAUUUCACAGUCAAAUCUGAAAGAGGUACCUUUGUUGGUGCAGUUUCAGGACUAGUUCUUUUAGGUCAAGCUUUUGGUUCUUUAAUAGGCGCUGCCUUGGCAGCCUCUUUUAACUGGAGAGCUAUCUUUUGGUUCUUAACAAUCGGGUGUGGUGUUUCUAUGAUGGUCGCCUUUUUUGUCUUACCAGAAACUAAAAGAACAAUCGUUGGUAAUUUAUCUAUUAGACCAAAUAUAUAUAUAAUAGAGCUCCAAUUUUUGGCUCUAAACUCUGUACAAAAAAGCUUCAGAUAUGAUAAUCCAGACACAGAAACAUUAGAAGUAAAUACAUCCAAAUACGAUCCAAUUGCAGCUUUCAAAAUUUUAGCAUCACCAGAAAUUUUCUUAUCACUACUCCCAGGUGGUAUGAUAUUCGCACAAUGGACUUUAAUGUUAUCUGCCAUUUCUUCUGAAUUAUCCACUGCUCCUUACAAUUAUAAAUUAACUAUUAUCGGUGUAUGCUAUCUCCCAGCUGGUAUUGGUGGCUUACUAGGUUCUUUAAUCACCGGUAGAGUAAUUGAUUAUUAUUACAAGAGAUCAUUACGUAAAUUCGAAGAAGACAAAAUGAAUGGUAUCAUACCAAUGGAUGCUGAGUUCAAUGCUAUUAAAAUACGUUUAACUGCCAGCUUACCUCAGAUCUUACUAUCAGUUAUUGUUUAUAUUAUAUUCGGGUGGUGUUUAGGAGAAGGUGAACCUGUUGAAAGUAUGUUAAUUGUUUCAUUCUUCUGUUCUUUCUGUACCAUGAGUACACUAUCGACCUCCUCCACAUUGCUGGUCGAUCUAUAUCCAGGUAAAUCUUCCACCGCUACAAGUUGUUUCAACUUCAUUAGAUGUAGUUUAUCUGCUAUGUUCAUGGGUUGUUUCGCUGAUAUGAAAGCUGCCAUGACACUUGGUGGCACUUUCACAUUCCUAUCAGGGAUUGUUUGCAUUUCUAUUGGGCUAUUAUAUUUCCCAAUGUAUCAUGGCAUGGAAUGGAGAAACCGCAGAGCCUUAAAGAGUGAACUAAAAGCUAAAGAAGUCAUGGAUACUGAAUAA